GCGACGCGGGUGAGCGCGAUGGCGGCCAAUCGCCUGGAAGGCGGCACCUUCCCCAACCUGUUGUCCGAGGGGAAGCAGCUAUUCCGGCUCAAGGAGUACGACAAGGCCCUGCGCUGCUUCGACAACGCGCUGAAGCUGAGAGCAGGAGACAAGGACUGCCUAGUUGCCCGCUCAAAAUGUUACCUGAAACUUGGAGACACAGAAAACUCCAUGAAAGAUGCUGAAGCUUCUCUCAAAGAUGACAAAACAUUCUUCAAGGGAAUUUACCAAAAAGCCGAGACAUUAUAUAUCAUGGGUGAUUUCGAAUUUGCAUUGGUGUUUUAUCAUCGAGGCCACAGGCUGCGUCCAGACCAACAGAAGUUCAGGCUGGGUAUUGAGAAAUGCCAGGAGGCGAUCAUCAACUGCAUCGGAAGUCCAUCCUCAGUUAGACUGGAAAAUAAAGAGGGUCUGUGCUUUAUAAGCAAGCAGGCAGAGAGCAGAAAAGCGAACCAGAAACUCCAAAUCAAACUGACAAAGGAUGAAAAACGGACAAAAAACCAGGUGCCUGUGAGGAAUCCAAAAGCUCAGCGACAGUUUCUUGGAGAAUUUUAUGCUGACAAGGCUUACCUAGAAAAUUUGCUCAAAGAUAAAGAUUUGAUGGAGAGCCGCACAAAGCAAGGGAUUAAAGUAGCAGACCUGGUUUUGAGUGGCAUUUCCUACCUGGAGACACACAGUGAAUUCUGGCAGCAGCAGAACCCUAUUUACGCCCGCGUGAGAGAGCGCAAGCUCAGGCAGCAAAGGUGGAUCCGGGACAAGAAGCUAAAUCCAGCUGAGGUUGGCAGAUACGUCGCGAAGAGUAUGGAGGACAUUGAGAUGUUGCUGAGUGGUGACUGCCCUGAAGAAAGCUGCAAGAAAGCCGAGCAUGUGCUAAAAACAAUACAAGGGUUGUCAGCCGAUGAAGUUCCUAAGAAGAAUGAACUGAUUGGAAACCUCCACAGCUGCAUUGGGACCGCUCGCUUAGAGAUGGGCCAGAUGGAAGCAGCUCUGCAAAGCCAUAAAAUGGAUCUGGAAGUUGCCAGGCAGAACAACCUGCCAGAUGCCGUAUCCAGAGCCCUGGGGAAUGUUGGCAGAGUUUAUGCCAGAAUGGGGAAAUUCCAGCAAGCUAUCGACACAUGGGAGGAGAAGAUUCCAAUGGCAAAAUCCAGCCUGGAGAAGACCUGGCUGUUCCAUGAAAUUGGCCGAUGUUACUUUGAGCUCAAUCAAGCUGAAGCAGCCCGUAAUUAUGGAGAGAAGUCCUUGCAGUCAGCAAAUGAAGAGGGAGAUGUUGAGUGGCAGCUCCACGCUGUGGUACUGCUGGCACAAGCACAAGUACAAUUAAAGGAUUAUCGGUCUGCAAUCGUGAACUUUGAAGAAGCUCUUCAGAAGGCGAAGGUUAUACAUGAUGAAGCUGCUCAAGAGGCCAUCCUUACUGCCUUGGAAGAUGUGAGCGAAAGCUUCUUUGAAGAGCUGAAAGAAAGAGAAGCGGAGACAGUUUACAGUAUUAAAGAUUAUGAUUUCAGCAGUGAAAACACAGAAGAUGGCAACUCAGAGAUGUACCGAGAGGAAGAAGAAAGAAAACAGAGCACACAGAAUCACAGAGGUGGAAAGCAAAAUGGUGCCAGGAAUCAUCAAGAAGAACGUGGAAAUGAUAUGGAGGGGGGAAAUCAAGAGGAGACGAGCGGAGGGGAGAAGAAACAGAAGAAAAAGGCGAAGAAGCAUAUGAAGAGCAGCCGUACCCAGUGCAGAGGCAGAGCAGUGUGUCCUGAGGAAAUGGAAUGAA